AUGCCACCGGUUCAAGUGGUAAAUGAAGAGAUGGCUUUCAUCGAUGACAUGGAUGACUUCCAAAAGAGAAAUGCGAAAACCGAUCCAGACAUAAACGAGCUUUCGAUUCGGGUUCAAAAACUGCGCAACUCUCCUCAAUCACAAAUGGUCCUACGGCUUCAGAAACUUGCAAAGUUGUACGAAGAAUCAGCGCGAGUGAAGAGGCGAAUGAAAUUUAUCCAAGAAAAACUCGAGGAGAACGAGCAAAAGAACCGCUUUGAACAGGCUACUAUCGAACUGUUAAAGGCGGAAAGAAAAAGAAAGCUGGACAAUAUAUCGGACCUAGGGCUGAAAAUCAUCGAAGGCUCAAACAACCUGGAAAGCGAACGAUCAACAGCAUCAGAAACACACGCGGAAAAUUCAGAAUUACGGGAAGAACAAAUUUCUGAAUCUAAAAAGCUUCUCCAGGGAUACCUCAGCAUAACUGAUCCAAAACCAAUCAUCAGUGCCUUGCCAAAAGCACCUCAUUCCGUUCGCAGAAGAAACUUAUCCGGAAAGAACAAGAAACAAAUGGAAGAAGCAGAAGAUAAGUUUGAGAUCGCAAAUGUUGCGCGAUUCAUUUCAGUUUCAUCAGCUUCCCUCGGUCAUUGCUUACGAGUUUUACCCACGCCAACUGAUUUCGAAAUAGUGAAAACGCAAGAUGGAAAGAAAGGCUCGGUUUCAUAUGAAGACCCCCGCGCGGAGAAGUAUUUGAGGGCGAUUGUUGAUGAACUCGAUAAUUUGAGACUUAUUCGAAAGAGCAAGGGGCUGAUCAAUUUUAUCGAAGACAAAUCAGCAUCGAAGUUCUCCGCGGAGCCAGUGAAACUCGCCAUUAAUCAACGAGCAAACCUCAUGCGAAACGAUCUUUUCUCCCGCUCCUCCAAGUCUAAAUCUGCUCGAUCCGCUCAUCGGCAAGCAUCGUCGAUUCCAGAUCUCACGUGA